UGUGAGGCUGAACCCACACGCCAGGCAGGUCUCUCCUCACGAAGGCAAGCACAGAAGCAGGGUAGCGACCACAUUUCCUGUUUGUAACUGAAAAAGACAUGUACACAGGGUAAAAAUAGCAGACAGGUUAACACAAACAGCCCAGCUAGGAAACUGCAGUGAUACAACCAUGUCCUGAUCGAGGACGCAUAAUGGAUCCACAUGUCCACUGCCACUAGCAUCUAAAAUGUCGGAUUGUAAAGUGGCCUAUAUAGGUCUGUUUCUGACCGGGCUGGCGUUGAUUAUUUCUGUCAGUUUCAAUAUUCUGUUGUAUUCAAUGAGACGCAGAGACCAAAAAGUAAGAGAUGCUGAGGAGUACCUGUACAACUAUUCUGAGCGGAGCGAGGAGAGGUUUGAGGAGGAAGUGCAACAGCAGGACAAUCCAAUCUAUGGAAAUAUAUGCACAAACGGAGGGGAACCCGAGGCGGAAAACGAUGUGUGCUAUGAGCAAAUGGCAGGUCCUAAACGAAAACAAAAGCAGGCAGAUGUCUCCUACGCCUCCCUUGACCUGAGCAUUGCCAAAAAGCACAAAAAGAAGCGCAAGUUCCAGACGAACCAGAACCAGGCCCACCAGAACCAGACCCACCAGGCCCACAUGACGCCACAGGGCUCUCUGGAAGUGGCGGACCCCGAGGAGGAGGCCACCCUGCCCUCCAGGAGCAGCAGCCUCAUGGUGUCCCGUCACAGCAUCUACCUCAACAGCCAGCAGAUUGCACAGGAGGCCCAGGAGCUGGAGAGGGAGAAGCAGCAGGAGCUGGGGAAUGCAGAGGGCAAGACGGAGGACUGGUGAGAGCCAGAGAGAGAGAAACUAAUCCCACUCUUUACAUUGUACUUAAUUAAGUAAAGAAUAAAUAAUUGUGUGCUUGUGAA